AUGAAUUUCUCGAGUUUUUGGGAGCCUGACUCCGCGCUGUCUACUUUGUCGACCCCGAGCGAGACGAUGAACACUCAAAAUAUAUCUGGGAAUAAUAAUCUUGAUUGCAGCUUUCAGCUUGACCUUCUUUUUUGGGUUGUGAACGGUAUCAUCGGGGCAGCCAUCUUACUUGGAAAUACUUUCACGUGUGUUGUAUUCCUGUCCAGAUCUCAUUUAAGACAGAAUUACAUGAAUAUCUACCUCGUAAGUUUGGCUGUCGCUGACAUUUUAAUGGGGCUUCUAGUCGUGCCUGGAUUUGCUGCAUUUUGCAGCGGCUGCACUUACAAGUGGAGCGAAUAUUGUUGGUUAUUUGGAGGUGCUAGAGAUAUCGCUUUUCCAGCGACAGUCCUAAACCUUUUGGCCAUUACUUACGAUAGAUACUUGGCUGUUCUACGACCUCUGCAAUACGCAUCGACAAUGACGAAACGCAAAGUCUUCUCCGUUCUUGUCGCUGUUUGGGUAACACCUCUUAUUGUUUCGUCUGUAAGGAGCAUUUGGCAGCAUUCAUGGGAAUCACAAGCCGUUAAAAAUGCUGAGUUGGUUUAUAAUGCAAUCCUUUCCACCGUGUUUGGGUUCUCGCCGGUUCCUAUUUUGCUCAUCGUUAACCUAAAGAUUAUGAGAACCAUCAAGAGUCAUGGAAAGCGAAUCCAUGUAGACAUGAUUGAGGGUACGUCGCUCUCUCACACCGACCCUGCGCCAACUUCGGGGCUUAACCAAGAAUUUACAAGUAACAUAACUAUCAUUGAGCAAAAUCGGAGGAACGCAUAUCGCCGAAAAAAGGGAACAAUGUCGUGUGUUUUAGUUGUUUUAAUAUUCAUUAUUUCGUGGCUUCCAAGGCAGUUCCUAAAUAUAUGCAUCCUUUUUGGUCGAAGAGAUUUAACGAGUCCUUUACUUGUGAAACUAUCAUUGUUUUUUCUUUUCUUUCAAUCUUCAGUGAAUCCUGCGAUAUAUUCUUUCUAUAGAAACGACUUCCGCCAAGCGGCCCGUCGGCUGAUAAAAAGGCAGCGUUGAUUGUAUCAUUCAUUUAAGGAGUGUAUAUAGAAAUUGUGUCCGUUUUUGUUUUUUCGUCUGUCAGAUAUGUGCGAAAAGGCGAUAUUAUUCCGUAAAAAUUUUAGCUUGUAGUUUUUUUUUUCGGUAAUAGGCCGUAAAAAAUGCUUCCCUCUAAACCACUGAUAACUUCAAAGAUAACUAAGUGGCAGUUACGAUUAUCUCUGUAACCAAACGGACUGAUAUAAGAUCAGCCAUUAGCAAAGGACAAAAUAAAUUUUCUGGAACUCACCACUUAAUGGUUGAUACUUGACAUGCAACUGAGUUCCUGAAAUGUGCGCGCCGGCUAGCAGACGGUUUUUUGCUUUACAGAUCUAAAUUUUCUCAGAACGGUAAGGUUUUGGGGAUUCGUGAAAAUAAGAAAAUGUGUUCGAGCGACAACGAGAGUUGCUUUAUCUGUUUUUUCAUAAUUGGUAAAGCCUAUACUGAGUAUUGUUCAGUCGGAUCUAUAACUGUAACUGAGCGCAAAAUCGCUAAACUUGAUGAAGGCUUUUGUAUCGCCCUAUCUAAAUCAACAUUGUAAAUAUAGCGAGUUCCUUUAAAUCGCCUUUUUGAGUUCCUUAAAUUUUCACGUUUAAGACUCUUAAAAUCGCCUUCUUAAGUUCUUUAAUACGCCACUCUAAGUCCCUUCGCCUCUUUUAAGUUCAUGAAAGUAGCCUCCUAAGAUCCCUUAGAAUUGACGCCAAUUUUUCGCUCCUUUACAUUGUCCCUCUCAAGUUCCUUUAAAUUUGCAAUUUUGAAGUUCUUAAAAUGCCUUUUUAAAGUCCCUUAAAAUCUAGCGCCACUUACAAAAUCGGUGUCUGUUUAACUUUGAAAUGAGACGAAAUAUUUCCAUUAAUUCUGUACUCUUGGUUCCCACUACUCCAAUUUCCGCUAUUUAACACUUCAAAUUUGGCACGAAAAUUUAAUGACAUUUGUUAUUUGUGAGAUGCAUGAGGAAUAAAUAGCAGCGAGCCUACGUUUCUAGCCGAUGAGGUCGUUGAAAAAGAGAAAUUUUAACCAAAGGACUGGUUGGCAGUGAACUGAGAACGUCUGUCAGGAUCCAACUGAAUGCAAUGGAUAACGGGAAAGCGACAAAGUCUAAAUGACGCCGUUUACGUUAUCAAAACGGGUUUAGCUGUCUACGAGCUUCCCUGAACCUUUCAGCGCGAAUUAUAACAUAUAUAUCUUGAAGUCAAUUCACGUUUUUCUUCUGUAAGCGGAACUAUUCAGUGAUCAUGUGACUCGCGCGUGUUUAUACAUGUUCAAUACCAUUUCAAACAUGUGCACCUUUCAGCGAGCCAAAGCGCUUUUGGAAACUAAGUGAUUCUUCUGAUGUUUAUUCUAAUGCUGCAACGGAAGUUUCAAAAUUAAAAUUGCGAUUGUCAAGUCACAUAUUAUUUCUCUCUCUUUGUUUGACAUCUGUAACACUUCUCACAGCUUUUGCGUAUGACGUCAACGUUCAAUUUGUUCUACACCUUGUGCGGCUGUUAUUUACAAUUUUAGUCCUAAGCGUGCCUGAAAACAACUACCGGAAUAGCUGAAUGAAGCUAAUAGUGCUAUAACAAGUCAUGCUUAUCCGUUGCAUUAAAUUUUGUGCUUGCUUGCUUGGUUAAAUGCGAUGAAAGGUCCUUGUACCAUUUAGUUGCUUUUGACCUGCUGACAGAGACGCAUUAAUUUUUUUCUUUUUUCGCUAUAUUAUAACUGGCGAUGUCGCAAGUAUCUUCAAAUAAUUCAACUAUGUUUUCUAGCCAUUAUUCGGUACAUUUUCCAGACUUUAACCCACCCACAGGUGAACUCGAGUCUAAUGGAGACUGUAGCCGAGAGCUUGACUUCGCUUUUUGGAUCAUAAACGGUGUAUUCGGUGUUCUUAUCCUGCUGGGAAAUUCCCUCACUUGCGCAACGUUUUUACGGUUCGAAACCCUCAGGCGGAGCUACAUGAAUUUGCUUCUGCUGAGCUUGGCCAUUUGCGACGCUGCAAUGGCCGUGAUAGUAACGCCUGGUUAUGCCACCUUUUGCACUGGUUGCUCUUACAACUUGAGUAAAUUUUGUUGGUUUUUCGAAGGUGGCAAAGAUGUGUGCCUCCUCACGUCCACAUUCAAUUUACUUGCCAUCUCAUACGACAGACAUCUGGCCAUCUUUCAGCCACUCAAAUACCAGGUCAAAAUGUCGCGAAGAAAACUCCGUGUGAUUUUAUCGGUUGUGUGGCUCACUCCACUGUUUCUCGCCUCGCUCAGGAACAUUUGGUCCCACACUCGGCCGGAGAACGUUGUAGAGAAGCUCAACAGAACUUAUUCAUACAUCUUACUCAUCGUCUUUGUCAUACUUCCGAUAGUAAUCGUGUCCGUUAUAAACAUAACAAUUUUGAUCGCCAUCAAAAAACAAAGACAAAAGGUAACAGUGCUCAACACGACCAGUGAUGGAGUCUGGUGGAAAAAGCAAACUCGUAUGCAGUAUCUUCAGUUACGAAAAGGAACUCUUUCUUGUGUUUUAAUAGUUGUUAUUUUCGUAGCCUGUUGGUUACCCAGAACAGUUCAUUACGCUUUUUAUCUCUUCAACCAUCCAGAAUUGGUAACUCCUAUCCUCCGAAAAAUUUCCGUGACUUUUCUUUUAUUGCAAUCAUCCAUGAAUCCCCUAAUAUACUGUUUUUAUCGAAAGGAGUUUCGACAAGCUGUCAAAACUUUAAUUAAAUGUGCGUAGAACUUGACGGCAAAAUUUCAGUGCGCUAUAUGGAAAUAUCUAGGAAAUGUCUGCAGGUCAUUUGUGUCAACAAAUUGAACGGAAUUAAAAUUCAGCAUUCACCGAUUCGUUUGUCUUCUUUGAGUCUGAUAUCAUGGGUAGUAAACAAUGAUUAUUUUCUAUAUUUGAAACUUUCUUUAACUGUUUAGUUUGUCUGACAAUAAUGCAAUCCAAAGAGGUUUCCUGUCUCCUAAACCCUUUACAUCCUGACAUCAAUAUUUAUUUUCUCCAUACUAUUGCCGUAACAUUUCUUAUGGUACGGACAAGGAGAAUGACAAGCUUAUUCAGUUUGCAAUCAUUUUUCUUAUUUUCAUGGUUUCAAUUUUUGAUUAAUCAUUGAUGCUGUAGGGAGAACUCAGAUUCUAGGCACUUUUUGGGGUUUAAGUGUCAUUUUGUUAUUAAAUAGAUCGCUGGUCAGUCACUCCACCAGAUGAGAAGACAGUGGAAAGUUCCGCUGAGACUGUGGUGAGUGUCAAAGGAUAA